CCGCCAGUUGCAAGUGUUCCACGCCGCCUAUGAUGUAUUUUCCACAGUGUACCCGUCGUUGAAUACCUAUUUUGACAUCAGCAUCGGCAAUACAUUACCUCUACCAGCGUGCAACUUCUGACAAUUUAAACAAGGCAUCCAUCUCCGCGCUCCAUUUCCUAAGAUGUCUGACUUCGCUCAGCCGGAGUACUUAUGGCUUGUAGUUGUAGGCUCAAUGGCGGCGUUCGCCUUUGGGUGGGGAACAGGCUCUAAUGAUGUAGCCAAUGCUUUCGGCACCAGUGUGGGUGCCAAGACUCUGACACUCAAGCAAGCCGUCAUCAUUGCUGUGAUUUUUGAGUUCGUCGGUGCUUUAGUCCUUGGCCGUGUCUCGACAAGCACAAUUGCUGGUGGCAUCGCGCAAAUCAGCUACUUCCAACGUGAACCCGAAAUCUACGCGUAUGGCAUGAUCUGCGCGUUGAGCGUCGGCUUCGUGUGGCAAGGGUUGGCAUCUUUCUGGGAGCUUAACGUUUCCGCCACACACAGCAUCAUUGGCGCCAUUAUCGGUUUCUCGUUGGUGUACGGUGGUGGCAAUGCCGUGAAUUGGGCGACACCCGAUAAGAACAGCUUUCCGCCUUACAAGGGUGUAGUGCCCAUCAUCCUGUCGUGGUUCGUGUCGCCCGUGCUGACGGGUCUGUGCUCCGCCUUGUUCUUCUUCGUCGUCCGCACUGCGGUACUGCGCCGCGAGAGGUCGUACCAGCUGUCGUUCUGGGUGCUGCCCUUCAUGGUCCUUUUCACCACCUUUAUCAACAUCUACUUCGUGUUUACUAAGGGUGCGAAGAAGACCUUCCAGAGCGACGCGAAAGACGACUGGACGGACGGCAAGGCCGCUUGGGUCGCCGCCGUCAUCGCCGUUAUCCUUGCUUUUCUGUGUGCCGUGAUCGUCCUGCCGAUCCUCAAGUACCGGGCAGACAAGAAAUUUUCUCAAGACGCUGAGAAGCAGCAAGAGGAUGAGGAGGCCGCCAAGGCGAAGGCUAAGGAGGAUGAGGCAGACCGCACCGAGAGCGGCAGCAAGUUCCUCAGGGCCAUGUCGUCCAUCAAGAAGGCCGCCAUGCACGGUAUGGAGGUCGACAUCCACCAGAUUGUUGAGGAGGACCCCAUUGUGGCGGCCAUCCACGAGAACGCCGAGGUGUUUGACCCCAAGGCCGAGUUCGCCUUCUCCUACUUGCAGGUUUUCUCUGCUAUCUGCGUCAUCUUCGCACACGGAGCUGGUGAGGUCGGCUACAUGGCUGGUCCGCUGGCCACUGUUUGGUUCGCCGUUAAGACCGGCACGCUGCCCAGCAAGGUUAAUGCGCCCAUUUGGUGCAUUCUCAUCUCUGCUCUGGGUCUUGUUAUUGGACUGUCGACGUACGGCUACAAUGUGACGCGCGCUAUGGGCACCCGUAUGGCGAAGCUAUCACCCACUCGGGGUUUCGCUGCUGAGCUGGCAACGGCGUGCAUCAUUAUGAUUGCGGCGCAAUACGGUCUGCCGACAUCAUCUUCGCAGUGCAUUACGGGCGGUAUUGUCGGAAUUGGCAUCCUGGAGGGCAAGUCGGGUGUUAACUGGAUGUUCCUAUUGCGCCAGUUCGCCUCAUGGAUUGCGACUUUGGUGAUUGUGGGCCUCUCAACGGCGGCGCUGUUUGCCCAGGGUGUCUUCUCCCCUUCCAUUUCUUGCAACAAGGAGGUCGCCGUGUACGAGAAUGGCGUGAUCAAUAUGGCGUCUUCCGUGGUUAAGGACGUCCGGGCCACCCUUCUAAGCUAUCAGAGUUUGGCGAACACUAGCCAGUUACCGAAUAUGCCGAAUGCAACCUUCGUGGCCCUCAACAAGUCCGCCAGCUCGUUUAUUUCCCAGGGCAGCGCCUAUCUUAAGGCCGGCACAAUCAAGCCAGACGAUGCUGUUGCAUACAUGGCCAAAUCGCUUAAUCUGCUCCAGAACUACAGCAUCAUGACAAUUGGGAUGACAGCCGCGUCCGGCAGCAGUAAUCUGUGCUACAACACGUCCUCAAACAGCUCGUUGAUUCCUUGCUCGGCACCUAAGCCGCUAAAGGCGAUGUCGCCUCCAUAUAACGCAACAAAAUUCUCAUGAUCGGAUUUCGCGUAGGAUAAACGCGCUCUUCGUUGAGUAGAGGGGUGUUCUUUGGAGUGAUAAAUGAAGGAGGUAGAAGGUUACAGGCUUGAUGUCCAGCUGUUAGGAAUGCAAGUGGAAUAGCCAUAAUCGCUGCAUGCUAUCGAUGAUCCAGAAUAGGACUUAGCGUAAUUACCUGACAAGUAUGUUGGAUUACCUUGCAAAUUGUCCAGGUGGAACUGUGGUAGGCACUGUGUUUCUGCACGGGCACAUAGGUAGAUCGUAUCGCGAAACAAGCGCGAACCGUAGACCAAAGUGCAUUGACGAGGACCUCUGCAAUCCUAUGCAGGAUGAAUGUAUAUUCAUGCUAUUCGUUGUGUGAUGGUUUCAGAGGCGGAAGCUACUGCAGGGGAAGUAGGUUGAGUCAACUGCAUAGCUGCAUUACCUGACUAUUUUGACAGAUGUUGCAACUCACGGUGUGUUUGUAGCACUGCAAUUCGGAGUUACGAAAUCGUUGUUGUUUAACUUCAUGUGAGAACAGUGUAAUGUUAUGCAGCUCGCAGCAUCGCUCGAAUCAGCUGUGUUCUUGGCCUUGUUCCAGUAUGAGGCACUUCUGUCAACCUUUUCAUUUUUUGGGGUUGUGAUGAUGACCGUUAUGAAGGGUCUUGUCAAUUGUAACUCAAUCAAGUUCC